AUGAACAGACUGAACUCCAGCAAUGUGCCUGACUUCAUCCUCCUGGGGCUGGGGGAUUCUGAAGAGACCAAGCUGGUCCUCUUCCUGCUCUUCCUCCUCAUCUACCUGGUCACAGUGCUGGGAAAUGCAGGGAUGAUACUGAUCAUUCACCUGGACCCCCAGCUUCACACCCCCAUGUACUUUUUCCUCUCUCACCUGUCAUUUCUGGACCUCAGCUACUCAAGUGUCAUCACCCCUAGAACCUUACAGAACUUACUGACUUCCAGCAAGAGCAUCUCAUUCCUGGGCUGCUUCACUCAGCUGUACUUUUUUAUAGUGUUUGGUGCUACCGAAUGCUUUCUUCUCUCCUCCAUGGCCUAUGACCGGUAUGUAGCAAUCUGCAACCCUCUGCAAUAUCCAGUCAUCAUGUCCACAGGACUGUGCCAUGGCCUGCUCACUGGCUCCUAUGUUAUUGGUAUUAUAGAUUCUACUGCUACUGUGGUUUCUAUGAGCAGACAGCAUUUCUGCAACUCUAAUGUCAUCCAUCAUUUUUUCUGUGACACAUCCCCAAUUUUAGCCUUAUCAUGCAGUGACACUUACGAGGUUGAAAUCACUUUGUUCAUUUGUGCUGGUUCCACCCUAGUAGCUUCCCUCAUCACCAUUUCUGGAUCCUAUGUGUUCAUUUUCUCCACUGUUCUGAAAAUUAACUCCACUGCAGGAAAACAAAAAGCCUUCUCUACCUGUGCCUCUCAUCUUCUUGGGGUCACCAUAUUUUACAGCACCAUGAUCUUUACUUAUUUAAAACCAAAGGAGACCUACUCCUUAGGAAAGGAUCAGGUGGCUUCUGUGUUUUACACGAUUGUGAUCCCCAUGCUGAAUCCUCUCAUCUACAGUCUUAGAAACAAAGAGGUGAAAAAUGCUAUCAUCAGAAUCAUGCAGAAGUUAGGAGGCUCCAAGCAAUUAAACUAA